AUGAGUGACUCCGCAUCUGGUGUGUGCUCAUCGGAUUCACCAUCGACAUCACCUCAUGCAACACAUGCUGUUAUGUCAACCUUGACCUCAACCGAUGCAAAUGUGCUCAACAUGACGAAUUUCUAUGAGAGAACUCGUGAAGCGAUAAUGCGAAUACAAGCCGCUCAGCAAUUCGAAAUGAUGUCUCAGAUGCACAUGCUUGGCUUUAUUGGUAUGACGCAAAACUUAUCUCCUGAUAUACAUCGGGUCCUGCUCGAGAAUCAAUUGGCGGUGGCGAAUCCGUUUUUUGGAGGGGCCUUCUGGAACGUCCAAGCUCCGCCACCUUACACUUUGCCCCAUUUUCGAGCACCGCCUAAGCCCGACAGCGAGAUUUCAACUGAAGCUCGCUCUCGUGAUGAGCAACCGCUCGAUUUGAGCAGAAAAUCGGGAUUGGAAGCGAUUAUCGAUAUUGAAAGCGCAACGUAUAGUCAGAAGCAGCGAAAACAAAGUCAGCACCAUCAACCAUCAUUACAGCCCAUUGAAAAAGAGGCAACUGGACAAGAAGGAAUAAUGAGGAACGGGUACGGUAUGAAACGCAAUUACAGUCAAAUUGACUUAACGGCAGCUGUUAAUGAUAUACGGUGCGGACGACUGGGUACCCGGCGAGCUUCUGUGGUCUACGGCAUUCCUCGCUCAACACUCAGGAACAAAAUUUAUAAGCUGGAAGCCGCCGAAGAGCAAGCUGGUCAGGCACCGAUCAACAAGAGGAGGCGGCCUGGUGGUCAAAGCAGUGCCGAAAAGAAGUUAGCAGAGCAAGUGGAACGGCAGAAAAAAACAUCAACUCCGAUCACUGAUAAUUCGUCGAUCUCGCCAAGCAGUGAAGGGACUGAAGAAGAGAAGGCGGACGGUGCAGAAACUCGCUUGGAUAGUGAGUGGACAACGAACUUGUGGCAGAGUCUAUUCAGUCAAAGCAAAGCAAGUAUUGCGACUGAUAUUAUGAAGUCAGAGUCGAAGGACGAGUGUAAGAAGGAAGACCUGUCCGAAUGGAAGAAAAGUCGACCCAAACGGGGUCAGUACAGAAAAUACGAUAAAAACGCUCUCGACGAGGCUGUUCGGAGCGUUCGUCGUGGCGAAAUGAGUGUUCACAGAGCUGGGAGUUAUUAUGGCGUACCACACUCCACCCUUGAAUAUAAGGUGAAAGAAAGAAACUUAUUGCGCAAGAAGAAGGACUUGCCUAUGGUGAAGGAGAUUUCCUUGAUGCAGGAACCAAUAACGUCUUUGGAUAUCUCAGAAGAGUCCGCAAGUCCAGUGAUCACAGUAUAG